CCUUCCUCUCGUCAAUUUUUUCACUUUAUUCUCAUGUUCAUUUCGAACGCUUCCAACAUGCGCGUUCUGAUUUCUGUCGUGGCAUUCCUCGCCACCCCAUUCUCUGUGGUUGCCCUACCGACCAACAAUGGGGCGGCUGUGGCCGAGCCAGGCAGUCUUCUCUUUUCCAGACAGAGAAGGGCGCCUCCUCCGUGUGUCAGGAUGAACCCGCCUCCCACGCAGGAGGAAACCGAUGCCAGGUUCGCGGCCUUUGUUGAGGUUUUUGUUGGCAAAUCGAAGAACAUCUCGAAGGCGUUUGAAUAUAUUGCUGCCGACUACAUUAACCACAACCCUGCCGCUCGCAACGGAUCUGAGUCGGCUUGGAGCAUCCUCAGUCCGUUUUGGGACGGCAUGCAGCACACCUUGCUCCGUUCGACAAUCAGGGGUAAUAUGUCAUGGGUCAACUACAGAGCUGCUGGUUUUGGUGAGGUCGUGGACCGGUUCCGCUGGGAAGCAGGCUGCAUUGCUGAACAUUGGGACCAAGGGGAGAGAUAUCCCACGUCAUGAGUAGGCAGAGUCCAACCGGGGCUUUUUCAAGACUAUCCCAUCGGUUCGACGCCAACCAGUCCUCGACAUGGGACCAAGGGAGGUAGGCAUGCAAUGGCUCAAGGUGUCCAGCCGAGGUGGUCCAUAGUUCUAGUUCAAGUUGGCACACAAUCUUGUUCUAACUGUCAACUCUGUAUCCGACAAAUACACAUCAUACAUCCCCA